UAUAAUCACUGAUGUAUUUUUCAGAUGCUCUACUGCAGAAACAACAUUACCUCAAAAACUGCAGGACUUGUUCUCUGCUUCAGGAUGAAAGAGAAGCUGAUGACCUGACUGAAAAGAACUUCCUAAGAGUACAAAUGAAGGAGGGAAUGGGAGAAACCAGGGAAGGUUGGCCUGGCCUGGAACUGCAAGAUGAUGGAUCACACUGGUACUUCAAGGUGCCGAAAAGACCUCAAGUUACUUGGUACUGAAGAAAAAAACAAACCCAGAACCAAGAUAUAAUCAUGGCUGACAACAGUACCCUGGUGUCUGAAGCUGGGAGGAGCCUCUUGGCUGAUUCUUCUGUCCUUGAGUCAAAAAUUACAGAAACCUCUAAAGAGAAUGUAUUUCCUGGAUCUGUUCCACACAUUGAAGAGGAAAUGCCUCAAAUAGAAACCAGAGUGGUCUUGGUUCAGGAAGCAGGGAGACGUGAGGAGCUUUUGAAAGCCUUGGAGACCAUUAAGAUAAUGGAAGUACCAGUUAUAAAGAUAAAGGCAACUAGUCCUGAUAAAUCAGAAGAAAAGCUAAUUAAAAGUAUUAUUCAUAUGGAAAUUAAAGUGCCCUACAUAAAGACAGACACAGUAGAAGAGCUUGGAGAUUUUGAUUCCCCAGAGUUUGAGACUGUCUUUGUUGUGUCAGAAUUCCAAGAUUCUCUCUUUAACAACCUCUGCAAAGCAGAUUGCCGAGUCAUUGGACCUCCAGUAGUGCUGCACUCUGCACAAAAAGGAGAGCCUUUGCCUUUCUCUUGUCGUCCACUGUACUGUACAAGUAUGUUGAACUUGGUACUGUGCUUUACAGGAUUCAGAAAGAAAGAGGAAUUGGUGAAGCUGGUGACCCUGGCUCAUCAUAUGGGUGGAACUAUUCGAAAGGACUUUUGCUCAAAAGUUACAUAUCUGGUGGCUAACUCAACACAUGGAGACAAAUUCAGAGUUGCUGUAAGUCUUGGUAAGCCUAUUGUGAAACCUGAAUGGAUUUAUAAGGCUUGGGAGAAAAGGAAUGAAAUUGAUUUCUGUGCAGCUAAUGUUGACUUCAGGAAUCAGUUCAAGAUUCCUCCAUUCCAGGACUGCAUGCUAAGUUUCCUUGGAUUCUCUGAUGAUGAGAAAGCUAACAUGGAAGAAAUGACAGAAAUGCAAGGAGGACAUUAUUUACCAGUUGGUGAUGAAAGAUGUACACACUUAGUGGUUGAAGAAAAUACAGUGAAAGAUCUUCCAUUUGAACCUUUAAAAAAACUCUAUGUUGUAAAGCAAGAGUGGUUCUGGGGAAGCAUUCAAAUGGAUGCCAGAGCCGGAGAGUCCAUGUAUUUAUUUGAGAAGUCAGACAGUCCUGGCCUCAAGAAGUCUGUGUCACUGCUUUCUCUGAGCACUCCAAACAGCAAUCGCAAAAGACGCCGUUUGAAAGAGACUCUUGCGCAGCUGACCAGAGAAACAGACAUGUCGCCGUUUCCUCCUCGCAAACGCCCUUCAGCGGAACAUUCGCUUUCUAUCGGCUCCUUGCUGGAUAUCUCUAACACUCCAGAGUCGAGCACUGCCAGUGGAGAAACACCAAAAUCUUGUGCAAGACCUUCCAAAAACUCAACUCCUCUUCCAGUAAAGCAGUCUGCAAGAUGGCAAGUUGCAAAGGAAUUGUAUCAGACAGAGAGUAACUACGUUGAUAUUCUAACAACGAUCAUUCAGUUAUUUCAAGUUCCACUGGAGAAGGAAGGACAACUUGGAGGACCAAUCCUUGCACAGGAAGAGAUUAAGACCAUAUUUGGCAGCAUUCCAGAUAUUCUUGAUGUCCAUACCAAAAUCAAGGAAGACUUGGAAGAUCUUAUGAUUAAUUGGACUGAAAGCAAAAGUAUUGGUGAUAUCAUUCUUAAAUAUUCAAAGGACUUGUUGAAAACAUACCCUCCAUUUGUGAAUUUCUUCGAAAUGAGCAAGGAGACUAUUACUAGAUGUGAAAAACAGAAGCCAAGGUUUCAUGCCUUCCUAAAGAUAAACCAAGCUAAACCUGAAUGUGGUCGCCAAAGCUUAGCUGAACUCCUUAUCCGUCCUGUUCAAAGGCUGCCUAGUGUUGCUCUACUGCUAAAUGAUAUUAAGAAGCAUACAGCAGAAGAGAACCCAGAUAAAAUAACGCUGGAGAGAGCUAUCGAAUCCUUGAAGGAAGUGAUGACGCACAUCAAUGAAGACAAAAGAAAAACAGAGGCACAAAGGCAGUUCUUUGAUGUUGUCUAUGAAGUCGAUGGAUGUCCAGCCAAUCUCUUGUCCUCUCAUCGAAGCUUAGUUCAGCGUUUGGAAACCGUAGCACUCAGUGAUGACCUUUGUGACAGGGGAGAACAGGUCACGCUCUUUCUGUUCAAUGAUUGCUUAGAGAUUGCAAGGAAACGGCAUAAAGUUAUCAGUGCUUUCAAGAGUCCACAUGGCCACACGAGGCCACCUGCAUCUCUUAAGCAUGUUGUUCUGAUGCCUCUCUCCCAGAUCAAGAAAGUCUUAGACAUCAGAGAAACAGAAGAUUGCCAUAAAGCCUUUGCCUUAGUUGUGCGGCCUCCUACAGAACUCAACAACAAGCUGCUGAGUUUCCAGAUGAUAACUGAAGAACCUCCUAAAGAAGACUGGUUGAAGAUGUUGUGUCGGCACGUGGCUAACACCAUUUGUAAAGCAGAUGCAGAAAAUCUGAUUUAUACUGCUGAUCCUGAUUCCGUUGAAGUAAAUACUAAAGAUAUGGACAGUACUUUAAGCAGAGCAUCCAGGGCAAUAAAGAAAACCUCAAAAAAGGUUACAAAAGCAUUUUCUUUCUCCAAAACACCAAAGAGAGCUCUGCGGAGGGCUUUAAUGUCUCAUAGUGCAACAGAAGGAAGAAGUCCCAGCUCAGCUAAUGAGAGUUACAUAGGCAGCCGACUGACCAGUACGUCAUCAUUAGCGAUUGCUCGUUCAUCUUCUACCUGCAGCCUAAAUGGAUCUGUCCAGUGUCCUGUAAAUGUUCAUCGUUCCCACUCUGUUGAUUGGAACUCCCAGAACUCCAGGCCUCGGCCUGUGCUGUGUCCUGCCUCUACAAAUAUUUGUCUUUCAAAUACUGUAGAAGAAAAAAACUCUUUCAGCUUGGAAAGCUUAAAUGGUCAUGGCUUGGACAGGUCAUGUCCUACCUCUAUUGUUAUUAUUACUACUUGUGAUGAUGCUGGAGAUAACCAGUCUGGUGCUGAAAAGUUCUGUACAUCAAAUCCUGGCUGUUAAUGCCCAUCUUGCAUGAAGUGAGCAAAAAAAAAAAAGUAAUCUUGAUUCCUCUAAGGUAGCAUUACACCUAUAUAACACUAGAAUCCACAAGGUGUUUUAAGUGGUGCUGGGUUUUUGCUUGAUUUGUUCCAGCGCAUGGGGUUGGAGUCCACAAUCACAAGUGAUCUGGUUCUGGGUGCUAAGUUAAUUCUUUAACAAACCCUUUUAACUUCCUGCAUUUUUUUUUUCCUUAACUCAUUUCUGUACAAUUGAAUUCUCUGUUUGGUUGUCCAAGUGUGUGUCCAAAGUGGUAGUGUAGCUCAUUGGCCAGAGCCAUGAGUAACUUGGCUGCUGGGAAGUCUUGAGCAGCUCCUUUUACCCAUGAUCUCCAGUUUCUAUUGCCCUAUCUGUAAAUAGAAGAAAAUAUCCUGUAUAAAAUGCUUUGGAGUCUAAUAAGAGCUGCUACAUGAAGAGGAGUUUAGGAUUUAGUUUUCAAAUAGUACCCAUGACUGCACAGAGAAGAGGUGCCAUAAACAGGCAUUAGACUUCAUAGUGAAGUGGUAUAAACUUACCUACUCAAAACAGCCCUAUUUAAAAGGCUCUUGAAGCAUGCAGGUGCAGCAAGCUGUCAGACUACCAUGACCUGUUUGUAUGCUGAAAAGCUUGGCUGUGCUCAAACUGAAGAUUGCUUGUGAAAGUAUCAUGUGGUCUAGUGUAAAAAGAACAUAAAAUUUCAGCGGACCCAAAGAGGUUAACUUCUAGUGCUGCGUAUUGGUGCUGCUUCCACUGUAAUUUUAUGCCCCAGAAGCAGCUUAUGCUCCCAGCACCAGAAGAGGCAGCUUUUUGACUAGUUUAUGCCCAUUCAGGCACAGAUGAAGCAAUCUUUGACAAAUCUUUGUGAUACCU